CCCAAUUCCCCGCCCCCCCCCGGUGCCGGGCAGCGAGCACAAGGCGGAGUUUGAGGCGCCGCCAUUUUCUGUCCUCACGUCCGACUUCUCUCUCGGCCUCCUUUGCCGCAAGUUCCCCGUUGCCUUCUUCGCUUCUGUUGGGACUCCCACCACGCAGAUUUUCCCUGUCCACCUAAGAAAAAAAGGCAAUGGAGACGGAACAACAGGAAGAGACCUUUACCAACACAGAGACAAAUGGCAAACGUCCUGCAGAAGAUAUGGAGGAAGAGCAGGCCUUCAAAAGAUCUCGGAAUACAGAUGAGAUGGUUGAAUUACGCAUCCUGCUUCAGAGCAAAAACGCUGGAGCAGUGAUUGGAAAAGGUGGCAAAAAUAUUAAGGCUCUUCGUACAGACUACAAUGCCAGUGUUUCAGUCCCAGACAGCAGUGGCCCCGAGCGCAUUCUGAGUAUAAGUGCCGAUAUAGAGACGAUUGGAGAAAUCUUGAAGAAGAUUAUCCCAACUUUAGAAGAGUAUCAACACUACAAAGGCAGCGACUUCGACUGUGAAUUGAGACUUCUCAUACAUCAAAGUUUGGCAGGAGGAAUUAUUGGUGUCAAAGGUGCUAAAAUUAAAGAACUCAGAGAGAACACUCAGACCACCAUUAAGCUCUUCCAAGAGUGUUGUCCUCAUUCUACUGACAGAGUGGUCCUUAUUGGUGGAAAACCUGACAGAGUUGUUGAAUGUAUCAAGAUUAUUUUGGAUCUUAUCUCUGAGUCUCCGAUUAAAGGACGGGCCCAGCCUUAUGAUCCAAAUUUUUAUGAUGAAACAUACGAUUAUGGUGGCUUCACAAUGAUGUUUGAUGAAAGAAGAGGGCGUCCAGUAGGCUUUCCGAUGCGGGGUAGAGGAGGUUUUGAUCGAAUGCCCCCUGGUCGUGGUGGACGACCUAUGCCUCCUUCAAGAAGAGAUUAUGAUGAUAUGAGCCCUCGCAGAGGCCCUCCACCACCUCCACCUGGUCGUGGUGGUAGAGGUGGCAGCAGAGCUCGUAAUCUUCCACUUCCUCCUCCACCUCCUCCUCGUGGCGGAGAUCUUAUGUCAUAUGACCGAAGAGGCAGACCGGGAGACCGUUACGAUGGCAUGGUGGUCCCGCCUAUGGAGGAAUGCUUGAUGAUGCAGUGUCAUGUGGAUGCCUGUGAUGAUAUGCAGCCGCCAGAGCUGUUUGAGGGUGGCUCUGGAUAUGACUAUUCUUACGCAGGGGGUCGUGGUUCUUACGGAGAUCUUGGUGGACCCAUCAUCACAACGCAAGUAACGAUUCCCAAAGAUUUGGCAGGAUCAAUUAUUGGAAAGGGCGGCCAGAGAAUCAAACAAAUACGUCACGAGUCAGGAGCUUCAAUUAAAAUUGAUGAACCAUUAGAAGGCUCAGAAGAUCGGAUAAUAACUAUUACGGGAACACAGGACCAGAUACAAAAUGCACAGUAUUUACUGCAAAACAGUGUGAAGCAGUAUGCAGAUGUUGAAGGAUUCUAAUGCAAGAUUAUUUUUUCUUUUUUAUAGUGUGAAGCAGUAUUCUGGAAAGUUUUUCUAAGACUAGUGAAGAACUGAAGGAGUCCUGCACCCCUUUUUUUUUUUUUUUAAUCUGCUUCUGUUUAAAAAGCCAACAUUCCUCUGCUUCAUAGGUGUUCUGCAUUUGAGGUGUAGUGGAAUCUUUGCUGUCCACCAGAUGUAAUGUUUUAGUCCUUAAAAAUACACGGGGGGAGGGAAAAGGGCACAUGAGACUAACAUUGAAAUUUUGAAGCAGCAGCAGAGAGAGUGAAUAUUUUGUUCAUUGUUGGUGGUAACUUGUAAUGCUUUUCUGUAAUUGUUGUGAACACCCUGCUUUUAUGUACACUGUAUUUUUUUCUGAAGGAGGGAGAAUACUGGUAGUCCUUACGUCCCUUGCAUUCUUUGAGAGCAAUGUGCAGAAUGUAAUGCUCUUUUGUAAGAAACAUUGUAUGAUUUUUAAAUAAAUUUAGUGAACCUA